CUUGGAACCCACAGCUGCCCUCGGCUCCGAGUCCAGGGCAAGCGCGGACAGUGCAGGAGGCAGAUCCUGGGCGAGAGCAGGACCGUCGGCGCGCUGGGCAUGAACCUGGAGGGCGGUGGCAGCCGAGGCGGAGAGUUCGGCAUGAGCUCUGUGAGCUGUGGCAACGGGAAACUCCGCCAGUGGCUGAUCGACCAGAUCGACAGCGGCAAGUACCCGGGGCUGGUGUGGGAGAACGAGGAGAAGAGCAUCUUCCGCAUCCCCUGGAAGCACGCGGGCAAGCAGGACUACAACCGCGAGGAGGACGCCGCCCUCUUCAAGGCUUGGGCGCUAUUUAAAGGAAAAUUCCGAGAAGGCAUUGACAAGCCAGACCCUCCCACAUGGAAGACACGUUUACGGUGUGCUUUGAACAAGAGCAAUGACUUCGAGGAACUGGUUGAGAGGAGUCAGCUGGACAUCUCAGACCCCUACAAAGUAUACAGGAUUGUUCCUGAGGGAGCCAAAAAAGGAGCAAAGCAGCUCACCCUAGAGGACCCACAGAUGACCAUGAGCCACCCCUAUACCAUGCCGACUCCUUACACCUCACUCCCAGCGCAGCAGGUCCAUAACUACAUGAUGCCACCUCACGACCGAAGCUGGAGGGAGUACGUCCCUGACCAGCCCCACCCUGACAUCCCUUAUCAAUGUCCUGUGACCUUUGGACCUCGAAGCCACCACUGGCAAGGCCCAGCUUGUGAAAAUGGUUGCCAGGUGACAGGAACCUUUUAUGCUUGUGCCCCGCCUGAGUCCCAGGCCCCUGGAAUCCCCAUUGAGCCAAGCAUAAGGUCUGCCGAAGCCUUGGCCCUCUCAGACUGCCGACUCCACAUCUGCUUGUAUUACCGGGAAGUCCUGGUGAAAGAGUUGACCACGGCCAGCCCCGAAGGCUGUCGGAUCUCCCACGGGCACACCUAUGAUGCCAGUAACCUGGACCAAGUCCUCUUCCCCUACCCAGAGGACAAUGGUCAGAGGAAAAACAUCGAGAAACUGCUGAGUCACUUGGAAAGAGGUGUGGUCCUCUGGAUGGCCCCUGAUGGGCUCUAUGCCAAAAGACUGUGCCAGAGCAGAAUCUACUGGGACGGGCCCUUGGCAUUGUGCAGUGACCGGCCCAACAAACUGGAGAGAGAUCAGACCUGCAAGCUGUUUGACACACAGCAGUUCUUAUCAGAACUGCAAGCAUUUGCUCAUCAUGGCCGUCCGCUGCCAAGAUUCCAGGUAACUCUGUGCUUUGGGGAAGAGUUUCCGGAUCCCCAAAGACAAAGGAAGCUCAUUACUGCUCACGUUGAACCUCUACUGGCCAGACAGCUCUAUUAUUUCGCUCAGCAAAACAGUGGACACUUCCUAAGGGGCUAUGAUUUACCUGAACACAUGAGCAGUCCAGAGGAUUAUCACAGAUCCAUUCGCCACUCCUCCAUUCAAGAAUGAGAAACGUCCAGUGAUUCUGCUUCAUUAUAAAUAUCUGACUUUGACCGCACAGCUGAUUGAACCCCCUCGUUUUGUUUUGUUUUUGUUUUUUGAAGACACUUGAGAAGAAUCUCAGCAGGAAUAUGUGUAGAAAAUCAGCUCCAUCUGAUUGACAGUCAAGCUUAUUCCAAAAUAACGGAUGGUUGUCUUGAGGGUCUCCCGUAGAUUGCCAACAUUGGUGAUAACUGUGAAAUUAACCAAAGGGUGUGUUUACAUUCACUGAAAUGCUAUAUUUUAUUUGAUGGGGAUUAUUUCUUGAAGACUGAGAAAACUUGUGUUUCAGUGUUGACCACUAAUAGAGUGAUGAAAGCACUUAAGUGUUGUAUUAUUUCUCAGGGAAGUAAAAUCUAAAUUUGAGGCUACUCUGCUCACAAAAGAAACAAACUAAUACAUGUAGGAGAUAUUCCUGCUGUAGAAAAUGCUUGCUUAUAGAAAGAAAGGAGUCUUUGACUGAGGUUGGGCCACAGUGCCUCCAGCUUUUGGGUGGCCCAUCUCCCCAAUUGGCCUGGGUCUCACCCCAGGUAGCCCCGAUGCCCUGCCAUUCUUUCUGCCCUGUUUGCUUCCCUCUCAGGUGCCCCUGGAAGCCAGUUGGUAGACUCGGUUACUAUCUUCUUGAGCCAAAAAGCAUUAGGACUACCCUGAGUAGUACUUUUUUUUAUCCUUAUAAAACUGCUACAUAACAUUAUAUAUGUUUUAGGUGUACAGCAUUGUAAUUUGACAUCUGUAUGCACUACAAAGUGAGUGAUCACCCCGAAAAGUUUAGUUAUCAUGUUUCACCACACAAUUGAAACCCUUCAUCCAAUUCAAGCCCCCCCAACACCUUUCCUCUCUGGU